AUGGAUAAAUUUUCUCUGAUAUCAGCAGGUCUAUUUUCUACAGCUGGAAUGUGUGCAAUCAUAUCUUUAGCAAGUAGUGAAUGGAUCAUUGAAAUAGGAAAUAAUUCAAAAUAUGGUUUAAUGUGGCAAUGUAUAACGAUUUACAAAAGGAAUCAAAUUUGCUUUACGCCAAUUUUAUCGACAGAAUGGUUGAUUACUCUUAUAUUAAUCUUUCUUGGAGUUAUUUGUAUCACCACAGUAGUAAUUCUUCUUGUUGCAAGCAAAUGGGAUCGGAAUGUUAUUUUUUAUGCGAGAUGGAUUGGGUUUAGUGCAAUGAUCUUGUUUUGCAUUGCGGCAGUAAUUUUCCCACUAGGUUUUUAUGUUCAAGAAAUUGGUGGGUUACCUUAUCAAUUACCAAAUAGUCAUCAAGUAGGAAUAAGUUACAUUUUCUUCAUUCUUGCUCUUUGGAUUACAGUAAUUUCAGAACUGUUUGCGGGAAAAAUUUGUUUGCCACACUUUUAA